CGAUAAGGUAGCAGUUGGGGAAAAGGUUUCUUCUGUGUGGGGCCCGUCGACAAGCGAAAGGUGGAAAUAUUUAUGGCAACAGAAAAACGAACAUGUCUGAAGAGAAUAAAGAUAUUCCGCAGCUCGAGCUGCAGGCAGUGAUUGGGUUUAACGGAUAUGUGUCCUCUGGCCUCAGGGUCCAUCCUGACAGAGAGCACCUUAUUUAUCCCCUGGGCUCCACUGUCAUCCUGAAGAGUCUCUCAAAUGGCAAGCAGGAGUUCCUGCAUGGACACACCAACUAUGUGUCUUGUGUCACAGUCUCCAAAAGUGGACGCUACGUUGCCUCCGGUCAAGUCACCUACAUGGGCUUCAAGGCAGAUGUGAUUAUUUGGGAUUUUGCUGCUAGAAAAAUCCAUGCCAGACUGCAGAUCCACAAAGCCAAAGUGGAAAGCCUUGCAUUCUCUCCAAACGACAUAUACCUUGUGUCCCUGGGAGGUCAGGAUGAUGGCAGCAUAGUCGUGUGGAACGUUGAGAGCAAAGAGGCCAUUUGCGGGAGUCCGGCGUCGCCUCACAUCGCCGGCCACUCUCUGACCAUUCAGUACUCCAACGCGAACGACAACAUCUUUGUGUCUGCCGGCAACGGCACCAUCCGUGUUUGGGAGCUCGAUCUUCCCAACAGGAAGAUACGUCCCACAGAAUGCCAGAUGGGGCAGCUGAAAAGGAUAGUCAGGUGUAUAGAGGUUCCCGAAGAUGACGAUUUCUUCUACUGUGGCACAAGCAGCGGCGAUAUUCUGAAAGUGAACCUCAAGACAAGGCUUCUGAACAGCUGCUGGCCGGUCAAACAGAAAUUCAGCAAGGGCGUGAACGUUCUGAAGGUGCUGAAGACAGGCGAUGUCUUGGUGGGCUCUGGAGAUGGGAUGUGCACCCUGUGCUCGGGAUCAAACUAUACAACCAUCAAGAAGGUGCAGCUGGAGGGAGGGGUCACAUCCAUCGCGCUGCGUGGGGAAGGGCACCAAUUCUUUGUUGGAACGGAGGUGGCCCAGAUCUAUCGCUUCAGCUACACAGACUUCAAGGAGGAGCUCAUCACCACGAGCCAUAACAGCGCCGUCACGGGCAUGUCCUUCCCCUUUGGCUCUUCUGAGCUCUUUGCCACCUGCUCCAAGGACGACAUCAGGGUAUGGCACACGGUCACGUCCAAGGAGCUGUUGCGCAUCAGGGUCCCUAACAUGACCUGCAAUGCUGUCGAGAUCAUGAUGGAUGGCAGGAGCAUCAUCAGCGCUUGGAAUGAUGGCAAAAUUCGGGUGUUCUCUCCCGAAAGCGGGCAGCUGAGCUCCGUGAUCCACAACGCCCAUAGCAUGAGUGUGACGGCCAUCGCCUGCGCCAGGGACUGCCAAAGGGUUGUCAGUGGGGGAGGAGAGGGGCAGGUGCGGCUAUGGGAGCUCCAGCCAGGGCUGCACAAGCUCAUCGCAACCAUGAAGGAGCACAAGGCCACAGUCACUUGCAUCAAGAUCAAGAGCAACGACAAAGAGUGCGUUACAACCAGCUCCGAUGGGGCAUGCAUCAUCUGGGACCUGGUCCGCUUUGUGAGGAAUCAGAUGGUCUUGGCCAACACUCUCUUCAGGACCGUCUGCUAUCAUCCCGAGGAGUACCAGAUCAUCACCAGUGGCACAGACAGAAAGAUUGGCUACUGGGAGGUGUACGAUGGAUCUGCCAUCAGAGAACUGGAGGGGUCCCUCUCCGGAGCCAUCAAUGGCAUGGACAUCUCCCACGACGGAAAUUACUUUGUCACAGGUGGUGAUGACAAGCUGAUGAAGGUGUGGGGCUACACUGAGGGAGAGGUGACGCACGUGGGCAUCGGACACAGCGGCAGCAUCACCAGCGUGCGCAUCUGCCCCAGCCGCAAAUACAUCGUGAGCACCAGCGCGGACGGCGCCGUGCUCAGGUGGAAAUACCCCCACCCCUCAUAGGACCACCUGGACAAGAUGAUGAUGAUCACACGCAGCGACUCGGUCCUCCUCGUCCACACGGUCACUCUCGAAUCGCAUAGGAGAGAAAGGCCCCUCCCGUUCUCCUGGAGUUGGGCUCGCCUUGGUUUAAAAUAAAUGCUCUCUUGCUCAAAGCUGACGGGGAUGUGGAAUUUUGCUUCUGGUGUGUUUCAGU